AUGAACACGAGCCUCGCAAACGGAAAACGUGCAUGCAAUUUCAAACAUGUGUCAUUGCGGAUUCUCACGCUCACCAGGCCAGGCCGACUUAGGUGUAUGAACACAUUAUUCACUGGUGGUCUAUGUGUCACCAUUGCGGUCCCGACGGCUGUCCAGCAGCUCCAAGAGAAGUCAGGUACGAUAACCACACAACCACACAACCAAACGCCAUUCCAAGGUGGAUCUCUGUAUCAGCCUUCCAGUACUCUGUGUUCAGUAUUUUGGGUAACUGAGUUGAAAGUCGUAUGCCUCCAACGAAGUCAUUCCAGAGAAGGUACCACUCGGCCUUCCACGUCUAGUCCUGAGUUCACUUUCCAAACAAGAAUCUCGGAUCCGCCGACACUCAUCCAAAAGGACUUUCCUGUGCGCUAUCUCUUUUCGGACCAACCUUCUCUUUCUCCACCAAGCAUGCCGUUGCACUCACGCUAA